AUGCAGAAAACUUGCCUAUUUCAUCCUAUAAUGGCCGAAAAUUCCACCCAUAUUCGACACGUACUCCUUUACGAGUUCGAAUCUGGCCACCCUGCUGCUGAAGCCCAUCGAAACUUAAGUCAAGUAUUCGGCACUGAAGCCCCUUCUGAGCGGUCUGUGCGCGCCUGGUUCCAGCGCUUCAAAGCCGGAAACAAGAAACUCGAAGAUGAGCCUCGCUCUGGUCGACCGACUGCAAUAUCGUCCAACGAACUGAAGAAUCUGGCGGAACAGCAUCCAUAUGAAGGUGUGCGGUAUUUUGCUGCCAGUCUUGGCUGUUUGCUUUCCACCGUGAGCAAUGGACUGAAUGGUGAAAAAGCUCGGUCACUGGCUCCCACAUGCAUUGAGCGACGGCAACCGCCAAAGAUGUCUGAACAUCUGCACUCAGCUGCUCUCCAGAAGCCGCAGAUUCGACUGGCUGGACACCAUUGUCACUGGAGAUGA